AUGAGCGGCGCAAGAACAGCUGGCACCGCCUUGGGAGGCCCAAAGUCAACAUCGGAAUCAACAUCAGGGUCCACUGCCACUGUCACUGAGACCAACGCCAAUGAUGGCGGCAGCUCAAAGACACCAGUGGCCGCGAUAGUAGGGGGUACAGUCAGUGGUAUCGCUGUACUAGCUGCUGCAGGGUUGGGGAUCUUCUUCUUCCUUCGUCGAAAGAAGAAGAAGCAGAGCAAUGCUGCGAGUUUGCCAGGAUACCAACAGCCACCCGAGAACAAGUCUCCUUGGUCUCCUGGACAGCAACUAGUUGCGCCUUAUCAUUACGACCCAAAUACACCUCAGAGCAAUGUUAGUCCCAACUCACAGUGCAUGUAUCCUCAAGCUUCUGGGUUUCAGCCUCAGCAGAAUGUGAUUCAUGAAGCUGGUGGUGAGGCUGUGGAUCCGAGUAGCCAACCUCAGGAGCUCCCAGCAAACAAAAAAGAGCCCGCGGAACUUGCGUAG